GUAUUUAUUCUGCGACAAACCACACAGAUCGCAAGUGUUAAUUGUAAACAGGAGCAAGAAGCCGUACAGUAGCAUUGCCUGUAUUUACUGUUAUUAAACUCAUUCUUGUCUAAAGUGAAUUUUGAUUUUUUUUUAUCUGUUUUACUUCGUUUUGAAGGUGCAAGAUGUCACUGGCUGACGAACUUCUGGCUGACCUGGAGGAAGCUGGAGAUGAGGGGGAAGACGGUCUGUACCCGGAGGGGGAGGAGGGGGGCAGUGAUGGAGAGGGGGUUACAGGGAGGACAGAAGGACUGGAAGAUAUUCCAGAGGAGAUGGAGGUGGACUACAGCAAGACUGACAGCAUUACGUCCAUCGCCAAGCUCCGUAAUAGCAAACAGUUUUCAGAUAUAAUGGAAAAAAUAUCUGGAUAUAUCGGAAAACAGCGCAAAAAUUCAGAUGUUUCAGGACCAGUUGAGGCUGACCCAGAAUACAGGCUGAUCGUUGCAGCCAAUAAUCUUACAGUGGAAAUUGACAAUGAGCUCAACAUCAUUCACAAGUUUACAAGGGACAAAUACUCCAAGAGAUUUCCAGAGCUGGAGUCUUUGGUUCCAGAUUCUUUAGAUUAUAUUCGCACAGUCAAGGAAUUGGGAAAUAACCUGGAGAAAUGUAAAAACAACGAAACGCUGCAGCAAAUCCUAACAAACGCCACCAUUAUGGUCGUCAGUGUCACUGCAUCAACCACACAGGGGUCAUUGCUAACUGAAGAUGAGCUGAAGCAGCUUGAGGAGGCUUGUGAUAUGGCUCUGGAGCUGAACCAGUCCAAACACAGGAUAUAUGAAUAUGUAGAGUCCAGAAUGUCCUUUAUAGCUCCAAACCUGUCUAUCAUUGUGGGAGCAUCAACUGCAGCAAAGAUCAUGGGCAUUGCUGGAGGCCUAACAAACCUCUCAAAGAUGCCGGCCUGUAACCUGAUGCUGCUGGGAGCCCAAAGGAGAACUCUGUCAGGCUUCAGUAGCACGUCCCUGCUUCCUCACACAGGCUUCAUCUACCACUGUGAUGUUGUGCAGUCGUUGCCUCCUGACCUCAGGAGGAAGGCAGCUCGUCUGGUGGCUGCGAAAUGCACUCUAGCUUCUCGAGUGGACAGUUUCCACGAGAGUCCAGAUGGAAAGGUUGGCUAUGACCUAAAAGAAGAAAUAGAGAGAAAGUUUGAUAAAUGGCAGGAACCUCCACCAGUGAAGCAGGUCAAACCACUGCCAGCCCCGCUGGACGGACAGAGGAAGAAGAGAGGAGGAAGAAGGUAUCGGAAAAUGAAAGAGCGUCUGGGGCUGACUGAGAUCAGGAAACAUGCCAACAGAAUGACCUUUGCUGAGAUUGAAGAUGACGCCUAUCAGGAGGAUCUGGGUUUCAGUUUGGGUCAGCUCGGUAAGAGCGGCAGCGGCAGAGUGAGGCAGGCUCAGGUCAACGAAGCCACCAAAGCAAGAAUCUCCAAAUCCCUGCAGAGAACACUGCAGAAGCAGAGCAUGACGUACGGAGGGAAAUCCACAGUGAGGGACCGUUCCUCAGGAACCAGCUCCAGUGUGGCGUUCACUCCCCUGCAGGGGCUGGAGAUUGUAAACCCACAAGCUGCAGAGAAGAAGGUGGCUGAAGCAAACCAGAAAUACUUCUCCAACAUGGCAGAGUUCCUCAAAGUCAAGAAGGAAGCGAAGAAUUAAGUCCUCUUAAAGCAAA